CUACUGCUAGUGUUAUACACGGCUGACUCCACGUUGACCAAGGACCCUAUGGUGAGCAGUUGGCAUAGUUGGAAAAACGACCGUUUAGGAGACAACAAUAGCAACCUAUCAGAUCACAGGACAAAUAGCUCUGCUAUAAGCAUAGACAUUGAGCACUCUUCUCAAGAAGGCAUUAAAAAUCAAAACACCAUCGGAUGGAACUUGAAACAGACUUUGAAACUCAAUGAGACUAUAAAAGCAAUUUCAACUUCGUCGCUUAAGCGUACGAGAACUUACACGCACGUUGCGAUUGAUUCAUCAAUACAGGGCAAAUUAAACUCAUCAGUUUAUGGUGAAUUAGGCUGCCCUGAUAAUCCUUGGAAGAAGGAUUUUUAUGAACUUUUUCGACACUGGAUCCAGAUUUCUAAACAAUACAAUAUAAAGUAUGUCUUGGCGUGUGGUAGUCUCCUAGGAGCGAUGCGAGAUGGUGACGUCAUUCCCUACGAUUCAGACAUCGAUGUCCUCGUCGAACACAGUUAUUUUUCGAUCCUUGAAAGGCUAUCAGUAAAGAGAGAUUUUAAUCCUUCAGAUGGAAAAAUCCGGCUGGUAGUGCAGCCAGAAUUUGCCUUAAACAUAUCGAUAGAUAAGAGGAGGAUGUUUAACUGCGAGGGAAAGGUUGGUAUCCCAGUGGAGGGGAGGCGGGGUUACUCAACAAAUUUUGUACGGGCCCGAAGUCCAACCCCUUACCGAAAAAGGUACCCCUUUUGUAUACCUUCUACUGACAAAUGGUACCCCUUUCACAUACCUUGUUUAGAACUUUGGCAUCCCUUUUAUCUACCGGUAAAUGAAUCGUCAUUUAAAUAGGAAACAAUCACAAAAACGUUUUCCCGACUUUAUGAAGCCAUAGAAUUCAUCUGGUAGCCCUUUGGGACCCAAAUGACAGAAUUCCAUACCCUGUCAUAUACUCCAACGACUAAAAUCCCUUACCCUUUUCGAGCGGAGCUUCCCCAAAUAGGCCAUUAUGGGAAGUACCCCAACCUCGUCCAUAGGGCGCUUUUCCCAGGGAAAAGCGCCCUGGGGACGAGGUUGGGAGUACCCCCCGGGGAGGUUGGUAUAUCUCUUAUAGCAUUUACUACUCUUAUCUUCCCUACUAGAGUUUUAAUCAGAUAAAUUUUGAUUUAGCGCGGGAUUCCCAUACAACUUCGCGCGAUACGAGUGACAUGAAACAAAGGCGAGAGAGUGAAAGAGUCAUACCUAUAAAUGAUGUAAUAGUCCCCGGGGAGUUUAUUUAAGAUUAGAUGUUUAAGAUUGGGCGUUUAAAAGAUUGGAGGCGUUUGAAAGAGAGAGGUGUUUAUUCUCAUAGCUGUAACAAACUCAACAAAACUAAUAUGCUUUCGGCACAAAUAUCCAAAUAGCAGAAUAUCCAGUCUAGCCCGUCUAGAGAUCCAUAUGGCACUUUCACUGAAGCCUCUUAGAGGUAUCAUUUUAUGUCAGUAUCCUCUUUGAACUUCACAAUGAACAUGAUGCAAUGCACAAAACUUUGUUAAUCAAGCAAACAACUGAACAACUUGAAUGAUUUCUAUUCUUUUUGUUAUUUCCUAGUAUUUUGGAGUAAUUGUCAUUGGAGAGUGGGCGUCUAUUAGGUCAUUUACAGUAGAAUCGCAUAAUUAAGUAAAAUCUCGCAUUCUGAUUGGUUAACGAACCGAGGUAUUUAGUGUGGAAUUGCGAGUUGAAAACGAGGCUAAGCGAUAUUGUUUCGCAUCUACGUAACAACUAUCGUCAAAUUCUAACACAACAACAUGCAAAAAAGGUUUUCUACAAUGUCAUUUUAAAAUGUUUUCAAAACCAUUCAUUGUCACUUUUUGAAGAGUUAAAAACAAACAAAAGCGUUUUUUAAAGUGAGCCGGAGGUUCUUCCUUGUUUUGAACUGAACUACAGAUUCUCGAAGAGACAUAAAACCUCUUUCACUCGCGACAACCAGAAAACAAGAAAAUCCUGUGAACACGGCCCAGAAAAUGGCAAUCCAAAGUUCAACCAAACAAAACGGAGAAGCGACAACGGAGGAAGUGCCGGGGUUGAUUGUCCCAUAUACAGAAGAAGAAAUAAAUACCUUCAAAGAGGACAUGGCCCCUGAAAACACGAAAAAGAGUACGCCGCUUGCAAUCGUCCUGAAUCGUGGUAUUUAGAAAAGUACAAAACAGAGCUGAACUUGAACAGCAUUUCUAAAACAUUUCAAGGUACUUACCUUAUGUCAAUCGCGACGUUAAACAUGUUAAACUUUCAGUGCUUUCGCCUGGACCCUUGAUUUCUUUCAGUUUUGCCGCCGAAGAGGUAAAAGGUGUAAAUUAUUUUCCUUCUCGAGCAAAUGACCAAUUUGAAAAAAGACGUUCUACAUAAACGGCUUCUAAAUUCAGUAAAAUACCUCUAUUUAUCCUUACGAUUAGUGUGAAGCUUGUUUACAAGUAAAAAAGUUUGAAAACAAAUGUGAAAACAAGCAUAAGGUAGAAAAAAAGUUGUCGAAGGUUCAAACGUGUAUGACUGACCUUGCUUCCUAUUCGCUAACGCAAUGACAGUUCUGACAGUUGACUUUGAAAUGGCUUUCUGGAGCGCGCGCUCAGGAUAAAAACAAACAAUAUUAUUGCUGUCUUCUUUUUUUUUCUUCUGAUUUUUAUUCAAUUAUGCGAUUCAAGGAAAAUUCAUUACCUGACUCGAGAAUUCCACGUUAAAUUGCACUUGAAAACCGAUAUCGCACUCAUCGCUUCGCGAUUCCUGGGAUAUCGGUUUUCGCGUGCAAUUUAACGUGGAAUUCCCUCGUCAGGUAAUGAAUUUCUCUAUAAUAUUUUGUUUUCGCGUGCAGUCACGUGUACAAUUUCCGGAUUUACUUAAUAAACACCAUUCAAAGAAAACAAGCUCUCGCUUUUAAACAGUAUUAGAACAACAGAUCCGCGUACGACUGGCACAAAAGUGGUCGCGGAUGCUUGCUGGAGCAGCCGCUUUGAAGAGAGCUUUAAAUUCCACCAGGCAUGCUAUAGUUUGAACUUGGUUUCACACUGUCGUAAUAAAAAAGAACUGGAUGGUUGCUCACUAGAGUUUUUCAGUACAGUGUUUUGUCAGAGUUAAAACUGGGUUACACAGCGCUGGUCGCCUGCUGGAGCUGGUCCCUUCAAGAGUAGUCGCAAAAGAGCGUUUUGGAUGUAUUAUAGCAGCCAAAUCCGAAAGGAGGCAUUUAAACUAUUACUACUACCAGUACUAAGGAGACUAGGCAAACAAUACACAGAGUAGAAAAGAAACCAGAUAGAGAUAACGGAAUGAUCACGAUCAUCAUCAUCAUUGAUUUCUAUUUCAUUAUUAUUAUUAUUAUUAUUAUUAUCAUUAUUAUUGCUAGAACGGACGUAUAUCGGAACACCUCGCUCGGGUAGUUGUAAAGGGCUAGCAGUAUGAAUAAACGGAAACAGACCAAUGGGUUAAAAAAAUUAGGUAAAAAAAAAAACAACAACAAACGACCAAAAGAGGGGGUUAGCUUUGACCGCCGUAAAACUUAGACGUGCUCCUAAUCUUCUCGCAAAUCCGCCGCCAAAUGACUACCACAGCUCUCGCCCGCUUAUCCCGCCAGCCAUGCAGCCAGGCUGUAACCAUGGUCAGUUACCACGACAACUCAUAGGUCUGUAUGUAGUUAAUCCAGGAUUAGGACUAACCAAACUUCAAAAAACUCGGCCCAGCAUAUUGUCUUUCCUGAAACAUCGAAUAAGCCGUUAUUUAGUAUGGCCGUUGGAAUAGGGCGCCAACUUUUUAAUGGAAAAGGAUGGUGCUUCUAGACCUAUUUACAAGCAUUGCCCUUUGACCUAUAAUACUACCAACUGUAUUGCAUUCUCCCCCCGCCACCCACACUGUCCGUCCUUUUUAUAAAUUCAUUAUUACAGUGCUAUUAAUAAACUUAAAAAAUCAGCUUUAAUUCACACUAAAACUGGCAUUGCGCUUCUUUACUUCAGGAAACCAUUGAAAAGGAGGACAGAUGUGUUUUUGAAGAACCCAUGGCGAGACUAAUUAAAGGCAAACAGUUCCUUGACGUUUUUCCCUUCUACAACAGAGCUGAUGUAGUUGAAGCUCCUUCCCAAAAGAGGCUUAAGAAGUACCAUAAGAAUGAUUUCUAUCCAUUUCGACCGUGUAGCUUUAUGGGAUUGCAGGCAUCAUGUCCAAAUAAUUCUUGGGAAGUGCUACGAAUAUAUUUUGGCAGUGACAACUUGGAACCUAUCUACAAGUGCAAGAAUGGUUCUUGGGAAAAAACAGGGGUCGGAAUGAUCACGAUAAUCAUCAUCAUUACUAUAGGAGCUCUUGGGCUCCUGAUUUUAUAUUAUUAUUUUUAUUAUUAGUAGUAUUAUUUUGAAAACAACAGCACUAAUAAAACUGGACAAAAUUUGAAAAUAAAAUAGACUACUGGACGCCGAGAAUAGCCUGCAAUUAGAACUGGACCACGUAUGAUUCAGGAAGUACGUAAUUUAACAUGAAAAUUCUAGUCCGGUCUCAAACUACUGAAAUUUCUAAGUAGACGACAGCGACUAGCAUUCAAACACUUGGUGGAAGUAAACUGGAAGCCAGCCCCCUGGCUUUAAGAAGAAAUAGAUGAUAUCUGGUAUUGAUGAGAAUUGGUUUGCUUAACGUUUAGAAAGGGUAUAGUAGCCACAGCGUAUAGGUCUAGGAUUCACCCUAUUCGACCUUUGAAUUUAUUGUCCAAAAGAAAUGGGUGUGAAAGUGGAUGUCUGCAGGCUAAUUUGCCGUGGCAUUUGCUUAAUUUCUGAUUGGCCAGGGUGAGAGUUGUAUUUGUAUCGGGUGAGGAUACAGCUAGGUAUCAGAUUAAUGAGUGGAUGACAUGGCUGGAGUAGUGCUUUAGUGAAAACAAACAAUAAAUGCUGUUUUUUGGGGGGAGAAAAGAUAUUUAUUGUUAUCCAACAACAACAGUGAGACUUUUUGCAUUUGUUUCUGUACAUAAUCAUCUUGACGACUAUAUAUUGUUUGUAACGGUAAGGUGCAAACAUAUCCACUGGCCAGGAGCUCCUGCACUGGCUGAAAUCAGUAGAUGAAAUCAGUAGAUAUUCCCGGCAAGUAGCAAUGUUAUUAAGCUCUUCAUGAAAAUUAUGGAAAGAUCACGAAUCAUGAAUGUUGAUUAUGGAGGCUUUUUUUAAUUAGCACUGACUCUUAAAAGUUGGUUCUGGCAAUUUUUGCAGAAUGAGAAGUUUUAAUUGUCAGUAUCUGCUGUUUUCGGUGGGAAGAUGGAAAGUGGCUCCGUAAAACCGGCAGCAUCGCCGGGAGUUUUUCGUGAAAUAAGUAUGUGUAAACAAGUGGUGACGAGUUAAAUUAGGGAAUAAUUUCACGCGCGUUUUGUCCAUAUUCUAAUAAUUUCCCAAGCCUUUAGAAAUUUUGAAUUGUUCGACAAAAUACCUGUUAGAAUCCUUCUUGAUGUACUCUUUCGCUUGGUUAGGUUUUCUAAAGCGUCUUUUAAUGCCCUUACAUUUUCAUUCCAAAAAAAAAAAAACCUUGACGCCAUCUUGGGACUGAGACGCAUGGCUUCCAACUUUUAAGAGAAAAGCCCUUGUAACGAGGUUGUAGGGCUUCGACACGCGUUCCUUUCCCACGAACCUCUGCUGAAAGGAACGGUUAAAUUCUUUUCUCCUUGUUCGCUAAUAUCAGCUGGAGGACGAGUACAAAUUACAGGAUAACCACCGAUGAAAUGCCAGAGACCUUUCGAACGAAAACAGGACGUCUUCACGAGUGAAAAGAUAACCGUUGCUAUGGCUACCUGAUAAAUUACCGAAUUACGCCUCUCCAGAAACAAAAAAGAAAUGGUUUGUUAUAAUAAUAAUAAUAAUAAUAAUAAUAAUAAUAAUAAUAAUAAUAAUAAUAAUAAUAACAAUAACAAUGCCUUUAUUUAACCAGGGUAACACUAAAUAGCCCAAGGCUAACAAACUUGUGGCCCUCAAAACACAAUCUUACAAAUAUAAAGAUUAUAGAAUAGGUGUUCAAAAAAAAAGACUACUGUUUACAAUUAAAAAUAUAUUUUAAAAUACAACCUAGAUAUUAUUAUUUUACCGGUGUCUACUUAACAAAUAAAACAUUACAUGACCUCUUGGAGAUACGAAAUUUCUCUUUUUGUGUUCAAAAACCUUCAUUUCGUAUCUCUGCGCGGCCAUGUAAUAUCCUCUAUAUGUAUAUAUAUUUAUUGUGCCGGAUAGGCAAACAUUCAUGACUAAGUGCUCUUUUACAGAUCUGGAAUUGUGCCAUGAUAUAUGGACUAUGCAGGUCUACGUUUUUAACCGCUCUUUUUAGCAGACCUUUCGUCGGGAAGGAUUGUGUGAGGCUCCAAUUCAAAGGAGAUUGCGUUUCAAAACGGAAUAUUAUUUCCUGGCACAUGCAUCACAAUGUAUUUCUUCAGACAUUUAACAGCGCUUAGCUGGGCGAUCUGAAAAGAGCUAAGACAACUAGAUUUAUUUAAGAACUGAAUGGCGUAUCCCGUUUGUUCUUUUCAAGCAAAUAGCGUGUAAAACCUUUCAUUCAAAAAUAGAAUUUGAUUAUACUGACCGUGCAUGUGUAUAUUUUUCAUCGAUUGUUUGCACAUGUCGUACUUUAGGAGCAAUUAAGGAAAAAAAGAUCAUAGUAUGAUAUUUCUCUUUUUUCACUGACAUCCUUUUUUUUUAUCAAAGACUAACUUUUAGUCAUUCAUUUCCUCAAGAUAAAGCUUUGCAAAUUUAUAGCUACGAAACUGAUCAAUUCAUUACUAAUGGUUGGGUUCAAAGGACCUGUCUAGUACAGCGAAUCCUUGUUUUAAACAUUUUUGCGUCGUUAACAUAUGCCUGUUAUUAUCUAAUGAAUUGGAAAAAAAAAUCUCUGAAUUAAUAUUGAAGGAUCACAAAAAUUUCAUUUCUCUCUGAAAAUUUGACAUCUCUGAAUAUUGAAGGACCACAAAAGUGUCCGCUUAUCUCUGAAAAUUUGAGCGCGAUAUACCAAAUGGUUUCGGAGAAAUUCUCUUUAAAAAAUCGCAAAUUUUACAUUGAGAAUGUAUAGCUCAUUAACGUUUUUGCCCCAGCAAUUUUGCUGGGGAUCAAUCUGGGAGUCUUAGACCCUAUUUGACUCCUGAAGGUAGCCUACCAGCAAGCUCUCACGGGGGUACGACGGGAGUGGGGGAGGAAAGAAAAGAAGAAGAGCUAACACUUGUCUGUCAUUUUUAUUUUAGCAUCUACGUCACAAAAUGGGCCAAAAUGGGAUGCCCAAUGCUGACUGGCUGAUUUUAAAUGAGGCCAUGAUGUAAUGUUCUUUUGCGAGUACUUUGAUAAAUGGCGGACGGUGAAGAUCACGUCCGUAAAGCUUGCGAGAAUUUUUUGUUAAAUCUCCAUCUAUUUUUGCCUGCUCGCAGGCUACCCUAAAGGAGGCCUUACUCUUGGCAACACAGUAUGAACUAAGGCAUUUGUUUUGUAUAUAGAUAUUCCUUUAGCACAACGUAACCUUAAACGAUAUACCUGUUAUGUAUGAGUAAUGAUAUUGGCUUUCUGCCCUGGGCACCACAAGUAAGACCAAAUUCUGCAAUUACAAAUAACGUCUCUAAACAACACGACGAGCGUCCCUGACAUGUUCACUUUGCUAACGUCGCGUGUUAAAGCAAAUAAGAUAAAUUUCCCGAGAUUAAUUUCUAUUACGCGUGACCAAAGAAUCCUAGACUAACGAUCAUUCGCAGCCUUAAGGUGGCUCCGUAAUUAAUACAAGAGCAUUUAGCUGUGACAAAUUUUCCGUCAUAACUUUUUGGUUUUUAACGCGAUGGCUGCGAAACUUUGCAAAGAACAACAGAUAUCAUUAGGCAAUGAUUCGAAAUAUUCCGAGUUCACUGAUGGUAAAUAUUUCUCGAGAAAUUAGCGCUUAAAAGGACCCUACUGUUCAAAGAAAAUCGCGUCUAGUAAAAAAUUUUGCUGAUAUUUUUUACUGAAAUUUCUGGUAUCGGCUUUAAUUGAUAUAAUAAAUAUGCCAGAGGAAUUUCAGAAAAAUCGUUGGAGCAGAAGUCCGAAACUAAAAGUCGCUCAAAAUUCAGCUGUGAAAUUGUUUUGGAAUUUCAAAAAUAAAUUACCAUCAGCGAGAAGGAGCCACCAGUUUGAAUUUUCGGGACAAGUAAAUUCAGUGUUUGCUAAUUCUGAAAACAGAAGCCGAUUGCCUAUCGUGCUAUACUUUAAAAGGUACUGUUCAGUUUUAGAAGCACUAUAAAUUGCUCCAAACCUUGCUCUGAGGUAGAAUUACUUGUUCUUAUUCGACAUUUUUAAAAUAUCCCAUGGCAGUUUUGGUUCAAACUCCUGCUGCAAUUUAUAGUGCUUCUAAAACUGAACAGUACCUUUUAAAGAAUAGCACGAUAGGCAAUCGGCUUCUGUUUUCAGAAUUAGCAAACACUGAAUUUACUUGUCCCGAAAAUUCAAACUGGUGGCUCCUUCUCGCUGAUGGUAAUUUAUUUUUGAAAUUCCAAAACAAUUUCACAGCUGAAUUUUGAGCGACUUUUAGUUUCGGACUUCUGCUCCAACGAUUUUUCUGAAAUUCCUCUGGCAUAUUUAUUAUAUCAAUUAAAGCCGAUACCAGAAAUUUCAGUAAAAAAUAUCAGCAAAAUUUUUUACUAGACGCGAUUUUCUUUGAACAGUAGGGUCCUUUUAAGCGCUAAUUUCUCAAGAAAUAUUUACCAUCAAUGAAAUCGGAAUAUUUCGUGUUAUUGCCGAAUGAUAUCUGUUGUUCUUUGCAAAGUUUCGCAGCCAUCGCGUUAAUAACCAAAAAGUUAUGACGGAAAAUUUGUCACAGCUAAAUGCUCUUGUAUUAAUUACGGAGCCACCUUAAGACUCGACACCCUGGUGACGAAAGUAAUCUUGUAUCAUUAAUUGCUAAUAAAACCCUAUAAAAGUUUACAAUAAACGGGCCAAUUGUUUAUCUUGAAGUACCGUGAUAAUGUUUAAUACUCAAGCGAGCGUUCGCCCGAAAGAGUACGACAUUAUUCCCGAAAAUAGAUCAUUGAGGAAAGAUUUAUGAAAUAAGAGUACCAAAUGGAGGAGAAAGAAAAUAAUGUAAAACAAAUUAAGGAAAAUAGACGUCAUUUUCAAACAAACUAUCUGACCUCUGUUUACUAAACACUGACAGUACUUUCUACCUUAAUUACUUAUCUUUUCACUAAGAGCUUAGCUUAAAAGUGAAUACUUGCUCUAAUUAAAGUUCUCUUUUGGCUAGCAAAUCUUUGGUGCCUUUCCAAGUUUAAUUUGAAUUGCAUAGAUAUACCAAAGAUAACAUCAGGCAUUUGAAAUAAUGUUCUCCAAUUGCAAAAUAUGCGAUCAGGGAAACAAAACAUGAGUGGACAUGAAUUUUUUCCAUGUUGUGUCAGAUAAGUUUGGUGAAAUCUGAUGAAACCUCGAAAUAAAAUAUAUUGCGAAAUCGCGAUUUCUUAAAAGCACCUGUUAAGGCGCACUGGUUACACAUCUCUUCGUUAAUUGAAAUGAUCACAUUCAAACCUCCACCGUUUCUAGAGUCAAGAAAUACUUCGAUUCCUUGAAACUAAACUAAUUGCACUUCUUUAAAUUCCUGGAUUUAUUUUCCCUAAAUUCUUGAUGAAAAAUCUACUCAUGAACACAUUCUUUGAUAUUUUUCGGUACUUAAGGCAGUUCUCACAAAGCUGUAAUUGUAAGAGUAUCUUAAUGUGGUUUUUAUUGCUAGGCUUUUACAUUUAGUGAUUAAAGCUUAAGAGUUAACCAGACCUCUUAGUGAAUGGUUUUCUCUGUUGAUGUCCAGAUUUUAAAGCUAAAAAAAAUUAAUUUUCUCGGGCAACUGAAUUGGGUGAAGACGGUAUAGUAACUAUAUCUUAACUCAAAUAUACAACAUGAUUUUAGCGAUUAAAACGUCUUAAGCGAGGCCUUAAAAAUAACAAUGAAAACGUAUAAUAGCAAAUGUCGAUAUCAUAUUUUACAAUUUUAUAAGGAUAACUAACAGGAAACGGUGCUCAAACUGGCAAUUAUGACUCGAUUGCUCUUCUUAUAUUUAAACAAAAAAAUAUUAACUUGCAUUUAAGGCAUCAUGUUAUGAUAUAUAGAAAACGAAUAUUUCGAUUGGUUAAGUAAUCCCCUGCGCUUUUUUAGAUUAUUCGUUUGAUAGCCACAUCAAAUUUCGGAAAUGUGAUGAUAAAAAUCUCUUUAAGGAAAUUAAACUUUUUCAUCCUUCCUUCCACAGAUUUCAUAUAAAGUAAAGUUCUGUCUUGAUUUCACUUCCACAGCAGAAUCCCUCUAUAUCCCAUUGAGUGCUUGUCCUUGGUGAAAUUUUAAGGUAAUUCACCUGCCUUUCUCAAUCGUAUUUCCUACAUUUAGAGCAUGUGCAUCAUGACUAACUGAUCUAAUUCAUAUGAUCCAUUAACGAUGUACGUCAGUUUUAGAAAUUUUUUAUUAUUUACUAAACUUAGUCUUAAACCUCGUUGUUGAAACUGAGACCUCUUUUAUGUUCUUCAACAACAUGAUUUUCAAAUUUAAUACUGACAUCAGGAUUGGAACCUAUUUAAAGACUUUUCCACAAGAAUGUUCCUUUUGAUAUUAUUGCAAUUGCCCACUUUCAUCAUACCGCAUAGUCAUGUGGGAUCUCUGUUUCAAUUAAAAUAUACUUAAACCAUUUAUGUCGCGCAGGCCCAAGUUGUUCAAACGUUGGAUAGUUCUAUUCACAGGUUAAAUCUCUAUCCAGGGGACAUGACUUGGGGGUACCCAAAGAAAUUUUAUACAGGGAUGCUCCGCCCCGGGGUGCAACCGCUAAUCCUUUUAUACCAUUUUUGAUAGAAAAAGUACCCCUUUCGAGUACCACAUGUUUAAGUUAUAUUGACAAAUGAUACCCCGUACACAUAUUACAGUAAAAGGCCCGUAACUCGAACUCCCCCUAACUCGAACUAAGUUCAAUUUCGUUGGAUUUCACCCCACUUUCCAGUCAUUUUUUACUCGGUCAAAUCGAACUUGGAUAAGUCGAAUUCCUCGCUAACUAUAUUUCCUUGUCUUGAUCAAAAAGUCACCAAAAUUUACCCCGAUAACUCGAAUGCUGGUUCUUUUAACUCCACUUGAAUGCCAUUCCAUUAGCUAUUCUUGUUGUAUAAGGACAAAAACACUAAAACUAACACUGGUCAGCACUAAGGCAAUUUGAUUUUAAUUGGUGAAACGAAUAGAUCACGUUUUAUCAUAAAAAAAAUCCCUAUUCAUGUUUCUGAUGAUUUAAGUUAAAUUUGCACUGCACCAUGAUACACUAAAGAGCUUAAAAAUCAGUAAGACUAACUAUCAGUUUUUAACAGGGAAAAUUGAAUAAAGCAAUCGACUCCGAUAACUCCAACCCGAGCUGUCCGAGCUAACUUGAACUCUUUUUCGUUUCCCUUCGCUUUCAGAGUUCGAGUUACUGCGGUUCUACUGUAGAUUAGAACUCUGUACCCCGUUACGUAACUGUUGUAAAUGCAGUCUUUUAUUAUUAAAUCACUAUAGACCAGAAAGUUUUUCACAGCCAUUAAAAUGCGUUUGUUAGCCCUCUUGGGUCCUUUCACAGAACAGACUGCAAUGACAAAUUUCCAUGCCCUUCAUAUACUUCAACUAGUGAAAUCCCUAACCCCUUUUUGACGGAGCCUCUACUGCCUUUACUAACCUUUACAUUAACACGUGUUGCUUGUUCAUCUCGAAAAUAUGAGCUCAAACCUCUAUUUUGCUUAGGUAGUCCGCAACGGGACAGAGAAAAGAUGAAUUCGAUGAUUGUAGUGUUCUGGCUCUCACUGCUCAGUAAGUAAAUAAUUCUCUCGUAUAAUUCAUAACUUAUCACGUCGGAAGAUCUUCUUAUCUAUACAAUGAAUAAAAUUUUCUCUUCUAGGUUUUAUGGUGAACUAUUACGCCUCAGCUUUUAAUCUUUGUCGAGGCAGUUGUAGCGUUGACCUGGAAACAAAAGGAUGCUACAGGGAUAUGGAGGUAUGUUAUCCUAUAUUCAGGGGCACCAAAUGGAUCUGUUCCUCAAAAUAUCUGUUCUUCAGGCACAUUUUUGCUGGCUGGGAGAUGUGGAAGAAAUAAUAGUCCUUGGAAGGAAAGUGUUGCUGGGAAAAAGAUAAUUCAGGGUGUCAGAGGGGAUUUGAAGUCUAGAAUAGCUGCUACGAGUUACUUGUACGGGUUACUUACCACUCAAGAUCGGAAUUGUGUCCUAUCAAACUUCCCAGUAAGUCAGGUUGCUGGCUGGGAACUCUUCCAUCAACCUUGCUGGGAGUGAGGAACAGAUAAUGUUUUUCCAGCAAUCUCCCAAAAUGCUUAAAAUAGUCUCAGACUGACUUUAUUCACGCUUUGUUGUUGUUUUUAGGUCUUUUUCUCAAAAUUUCCCGUUGGGUGCCCCUGUAUAUUAAAUAUUACUGGUCCGGGAUUUCAGCAUCAGGCCACUGGCAUGAAAACAAGUAAAUAAAUAAUUUGUAAAGUAUCUCGGAGGGAAUCUUAUAGCGGCUAGAAACUAACAGAAAUAUGUAUAUAUCCUUGAGUUUUUUCGAGAGCUGGUCAACACUGAAGUUAAUACAUUCUUAAUCAGGGACGCGAGGCAGGCCUUCUGGUGGUUUUAACCCACUUUGGGUUUCUCUGAAACUGGAUAUGGCUUUCGAGGGAACCACCAGAGUGAGGAUGUGAAGAAUUACGCAGAUCUCGGAGGAAGUUAUCCACCUUGGCCUACAGUCUUGGUGGAUAACAUCCUCCAAGAUCUCCAUAAUUCCUCACAUCAUUUGAAUGCCGAAUUCAAUGGUUGUUCUAUUAUUCAUUCAAAAUAUCUUCAAGUUCUUGACAAGCUUACCGUUUUUGUUCGAUUAAUCAUCCUUGGUGCUUAUUAAAUUUUUGGACCUUAAGAGUGGGCGCUUAUUAAAUUUUCACUAUUUUCAUUAAGCGUGGAAUGUUUAUUUUGCAACAAAGCAAUAAAUGGUAAAAACAAAACGCUAAGACGACGUAACAAAGCAAGGUUUCUGUAAAAUACUCUGAAGAAAACUGACUCUUCGGCGAAGUACUGUUAUUAGUACUUAUUCAAUUUUAAUUUCAAUCUCAUUGUCACUCAAGUGGGUAGGGUGGGAGUGGGCGCUUAUUUGAGUUUGAGUGGGAGGGGAGGGGGUGGGCCCUUAUUCGAGGCUGGGUGCUUAUUAACUUUUUCUGCCUUUAGGAUGGGCGCUUAUUCGAGGAGAACGAUAAUUUGAGGUUUGGCGCUUAUGCGAAUAAAUACGGUACCUCCUCGUAGAUAUCAGCUUUCUUCAAAGCUUUGGCGUAUUUCUUUUGCACGGUUUCAUGAUAUAAACAGAUUCUUCCUUGCAGAUAUUCCCCAAAAGGUGGAUAACAUUCAUCGAGUGAUAUGUUUUGGGUAUUCUUGCAUUUCUUCCGUUCAGUUUUUGUUCGAAAUUCAGCUUUUUCACCGUGAACGCCAUCUUCUUUUUAAGUUCACUUAAGAAUAAACAGCUAGGCGGCCGUGCCUGGAAACAACGUUGAUCGAUAACAUAUUGCCUAGACAAUACACCAUCGAUUUAAUGGUAUAUCGCUCCAUCUUCCGAAUAUGGUAAAUGCUGGUUGAUUAUGAAGAAUUAGCUGGGGACUCAAGCCCGCUAGAAACGGCGAAAUAUUUUGAAUGAAUAAUAAUCGUAUUAGUAGUUUUAACUCCGAAUGAAUAAGAAAGAAAUGGUUCAUAACAUGUAUCGUUCGAAUUGAAUUUCAACAAUUUUUUUAGGUUCUCGAUCCAACCAAGGUCUAAAAAGGGGUAUAGAAAAUAGAGUUUUUUGGCCUGAAAUAGGGACAGGAUUAGAACAACCGGGGGGGGAGGUCACACCCCCACCACUAAUUCCCAGGAACACCCCUGCAAGUAUAGUACUAGUGCGGCCUAUCACAUCUAUAAAUGCUUAAAAAUGUGCAGUUGAAUGGACUCCUUUCAACGCUUGCUAGUGUCGAUAGUGAGAUUUUAUAGCGUUGAGCCAGCCUCUUCCUGUAUAGUGUUUUGUAAUUUCAUUCGUGGUGUGGACCAAGGUUUCGUGUGCUACUUCGCUGACGUUAAUACGACGCGGCUACUUCUUUUUAAUGAAAAGAAAAAUUCAGUACAAAGAAUUUUCUCUUCCCACGCACCUUUUGCUGACACCAACACGUCGCCCAGAAGACACCAAGUUUCCUCAGGAGCCCAUCAUGGGCUACUGGUUUCCUCUAUGAUGUGAGUUGACCGUAUGCUAUUUUUUUUUUCUUUCUGUAAUUCCCAGCCUGGUCGUGUUCUUCCUAAUUACAUUUACAACGAACGAGAUCCUUCCAUCAGCAACUUUGGCGACAGAAUGAUUGACUGGUUCAACUGGAAUGAGUACUUUCCGGGAUUCAUUUGCCGCUGUGCUGAAAAGGCUAAAUUGGCUGGGUAUGACCUUAUUGGUGCGCAAUUCUUUGGUAAGAAACAAAAUGUUACGAAAUGCAUACCACAACUGUGUACUAUCGCUCACAACCUCCCCCCCCUCCCCUAAAAGGGAAAAAAUUUAUCCCUUUCCGAUUAAAAAUUUCUUUUUACAUGCAAAUACCUAAUUGAUGACUGGUCACAUAGAAACAGUUUUAAAAUUUUGUUUUCGGAAGGAACAAGUAGUUUUAAUUGGAUAUAUCGCCCUCGUGUACAAAUUUAUGAAUGGAAAAUGUCAGUGAGCGGUCAACAUUCGCGCUGUUACCCUCUGACGUAGGCUUUGGUAGAUUGUGCUAGCAUAAUUUUAAGCAUAAUUCAGCAAAACGAGCAUUAUUUUAAGCUUUUAUUUCAGUUUAGCACUGCUAGCAUAAUCCGAACUUUUAUACGUUAAAAACAAAGAAACCCAUCAUAGCUCUAGAAUAAUUCAGUUUGUAUUUUAUUUCUGUAUUGUUUUUGGAAAAUAUUGAGGUCUGUGCUAAGGCCCAUGGUCAAAUAUGGUCCGGCAGGCGGCAGAGGUAACCCUGUGCAUAUCUUAGAGACUGAAACUCUCCUCAGGCCACCAUGCUUAUGGCUCGGCGGCUCGGCCCCUCAGGCCUCAGAUCAAAGAUGGCGUCGUCCUCGAGUACAUCCACUUCCACCACUUCCAGUGCCGUACCGAGAGCUUUAAACAAGUAUGCGGGCUAUAACUUUCUGACCCAGAUUCAGAACCCAGAAACGGUUGAUUUUGGUAUCAUUUGUUAAUCAUUUGGCUUUUCGAGGUGCGCACAUGCGUAUUUGCGAUGCUAAAGACUGUAAGAUUGGAAGGGUUAGGGUUAGGUUAGAGUUAAGCUACUGAUGAUCUUUAUUCUCCUUAAAAUCAGUGUAAAAUCUAAGUAGCAUAAUUUCGGCGACAGAGAGCAUAAUUUUCAGAAAGUAGCAUAAUUUUGGCAUAAUUUCUAAAAAAUAUGAGCACUGCUAAAAGCAUUAUAAGCUUUUCCUUCGAGCACAAUCUACCAAAGCCUACUCUAACGUCCAGAGUUGAUUUUGAAAUGGCUCGCUCAGAAACUUUAUUGGCGGAAAACACUUUCAUUAUUAGAAGUCAUCUGACCCAAGCGAAGCCAGUAAGAACGCUUUGGAAAAGAUUCCAGCUAUGUAAAAAGUGGGUCACAUACUGAGUAUGUGUGACCAGUAUUCAUUACUAGCGUAGACUGCAAAACAGUCAGUUUUUUUUUCUCAGAAUCAGUAAAGAAAUCGGUAAGAGUCUCACGCGCGCGAAGCGCGCGAGCCUCACACGCCCUAGGGACGAGGGAAAAAAACCGACAGUCCGUAUUUUUGGCGUCUCUCCCCAGUCUCGCUCUCUGUUUUCAGCCUCGUUCCAGACCUUUUGUUUGACUGCUCGCGCGUACUUGAAUACGCAAAAAUACGGACUGUUUUGCAGUCUAUGACUAGCGUAAUUGAUCCUACAACAGGUGAGUGCUGGGCAGGAAACAGUGGACAACAUGAUUAUACACAAUACGGACUGGAUUACGAUGGCUGCAUUGAAGACGACUAUCAACCCUGCUCGGCAAAUUCUCGUUACUGUGUCGGAAAGCAUUUUUCCAAUAUGGUCUUCAAAAUUGGUAUGUUUUACUUUUCAGUUCCGUAUGUUUGCAAGUUCGGGGUACUCUCAGGUCUGAUAAGUAAAAACCUCUUACAGAAGGCAAAAUGUUAGGUUAGGGGAAAGUCAGAUAUAGACUGCUUGCAAUCCGCCUUUACUAUUAAAAUCUGUCUAAUUCCCAUCCAAGCUUAACCGAAAGCAAAGCAGUUACAAAAGGAUAUUGAGAGGGGAGCUCCGGUGUCGCAUGGACUUACACCCUCGUUUAUCGCGGCUCUCAGUUUCGCCGCUCCCUACUCUUUCACUGAAAAGAACUUGAAUAAGAGACUGCUCGCAGUCUAAUGGAUAGGUGGGCACCUUCCCAUGAUUUUAUCAUGCUACGAAUUACGUAGGCCGAAUAUAAUCGACCGAGGUAACAGAAAGAGUAUGGAUGUAAAACGUACCCAUGGUUGGUGACAGUGUAUGUUUCAACAGCCUGUGCGCAAAUCGCGAUCGUCGUCAGAAUUAUUGUUAAUUAUUAUUAUUUUAUGACUGAUGUUUCGCUUUGUUUGCAGUGGAUACUAGUUGCCCUGGAAUCUCUUUUGAAAAGGUUGGCUGCUACGCAGAUUACCACAGAAGCAACGAAAGACCCUUGGGAGACUACCUCUUCAACGAUCGUGACGCUUCGAUUCAGAACUGGAGCGGAAAGAUGAUCGACUGGAGAAACUGGGAUGUGUAUGUUCCCCAGUUUGCCUGUAGAUGCGCUACUGCAGCUAAAGCUCACAACGCCACUUUUUUCGGCAUGCAAUUUUACGGUAAUUUAAUUUACAAUUGGCCAACAACCGCAGAUAUACCGCUCCCAGAAACUUGCCCUCCAACAUAUUAAUGCCAAUGGCAAUGAGGGUAGAUAUACUGCUCCCACAAACUUGUCGACCACCAUACAAAAAUCCGUAAAAUUUCGCAAGUUUGAGGAGCUAUAUCCUCUUUAGUUUUUGACAAAUCAUUCACUUCAUUUUCAUUUCCAUUUUCAUUUUCAUUGUCAAUGUCACCGUGACGCACAUGAUCUUCGAGCAAGCUCUCUGGGGUGCUCUGGCGGCGGGGCGGGAAAAGAAAGAGAUCUUGCAAGUACGUCUCUGGGAAUUUGAAUAUCUGCAUCUUAAGCUCAACAAAUUUACCAGUUUUAAGGUCCCUUUUUCCAACUGAUUCAAGCCAAAAGUUGAAAAUCCGUUGUUGGGCCCACCUAUGAGUUCAAAGAACAGCACAAAAAUCUGGGUACUGAUGUUACUUUUUGGUGAUUUCCCACGCCGAAGAGACCGGUGGCAUUCGUAAAUAUUAUUUCUCCUUCUUUUGCGUCAGUUUUAUAGUCUUAGAAAAGAUUUAUGAGGCUACUUGUAAGUUAAAAUAGCCAUAAAAUGUGUUUAUCUUAUAGGAGAGUGUUGGAGCAGCCAACAAGGGCAUUUGACGUACUUCCAAGAUGGUGGAAGCUCAAAUUGCAUCGACAAAUGUUACGCACCCUGCAACCAAUACAGAAAGUUC